AUGGAAUCGGACGCUGAACAUUUAAAAGACGAAAGAAAACGGUGUGAUGAAAAAGAAACAAUAAAGGUUCUAGUAUAUGAUACCGAGGGCGGAAAAACAACGAGACGAUUUAUUGAAGCCCUUACACAUCAUCUUACCGACUUUCAGUUCCAAGAUUUAAACAAGCCUAUUGAAGAAAGGAAUACUUUACCAAUCAUUGCAGUUGUACGCCACACUUCAAUACGCAUUAAAGAAAAUUUGAUAAACAUUAAACGAAGACUUGAUCAAGACAAUGUCAAAAGUCAAGAAGAAGUAAUUGUCAUUUACUUUUACGUAGAUGGCUUCGAAGAUGGAAUGCUUGAUCAGAUUCAAAAUAUAUCCGAGGAGAAACAGUUUGCAGAGAUAGAAUGGUCUGCUAAUGUCUUCAUUGCAUCCAAUUUGCCGAUUGUUAAACGAUUUGUUGAGGAAUUACGGCAGGCCAUUUCACAAUCCAUGCAGACUAUUGAAAAACUGGAAUUUGGAACCAUACCGACCUUGAUUUUUGCAACAGGGUAUCAAUUUGACUGUCUGAAAAGACUGGAAGAAAAAGAUGCGAUGAAAGUUUUUCUUGUCAAUAUAACUGACCUUGACACUACAUCCAUGGCAACCGAGAAUCAACCUAUCCAACAAACAAUCAGUUCUGAUUUGUCUACUGAUGCCGAUGAAGAAAAUAAAACCGAGCCACUUGUCGAAAAUGGAAACAGUUUAAUGGCUUAUCAGCAUUACGGGAAAAUUUGGGAAGUAGUUCAUUACAAUGGAGAGUUUCUUGAAAGAAGGCAUUUUUUUGAAAGUGUUAAAAGUUUUGGGCGCACAAACCCCACAUAGGUUUUAUUGUGACUGAUAUAGUUGAUGUCAAAGAGUAAGUGAAAUAAUGGUUGAUACUUGCCUUGACUGACUUAUAGUUUCUUGUUUCUUGACAUAGUUUUGGAAAUAUAGGUUAAUGGAGAACAAUGGCUUCACUUGUAUAUAUUGAUGGUUGAAGUCCUGAUGAUAUAAUAUCAUUACUUUUAUGUUAUACACUAACAUAGACUUAAAGUAAAUGAAUUUGAUGUGAGAGAUACUGAAAAAUAUAUUGACCUAUUGGUCACAAAAACAACUGAGAAUAGCACUGCUCACAUAACUCACAACAGCGACCAGCUAAACAAGUUCCUGAUCAGACAAUAAACAAGAUGUGAUUUUACGGCAAGUAAUAGAGAAAUAUUUAUUUAGUUAUACUUAAACCAGGAAGAGAAAGGCCAGAACCAAAAGUAAUGUUGAGCUAUUAGUAUCAAAGGGUGAUACUCCGACGUCCAUCGUCAUGCGUAAACAUUCAUCUUCUCCGCUACUGCUGGUGGGAAAAUUUGCUUCAAAUUUGGUCUGUGGCAUCCUUGUGACUGUCACAUUUAAAUUUGCUCAUAUCAAUUCAAUUAGUUUUCUUUUAGGGGUUAACAGAUCUUUACAGAAAAAAAAAACGUUUAAACAUGUUCUUUUACGUAACUAAUUAAUGGAUGAUCACCAAACUGUGUAGCAUUUUUAAGUAGUCGCUUAUCAAAUUUGCUCAUAUUAUGUUAAUUGGCCCUUUUUGUGGGCUCUACAUCUGAUAAUGGAAAAAAAUCACAUUUAAACAUCUUUUACUGAAGUAAUUGAUGGAUGGAUGAUCACAAAACUUUGUCUGUAGCAUUCUUAGAGGUUUUUUUUCUAUUAAAAUUGCUUAAAUUAAUUUGAUUGGCCCCUUGUUAGGGGCCACUAGGUAUAAAAAGAACAAAUCUUUAAACAUCUUGAACUAGACUUUCCUUUUGGCAAGUUCAUAUGGAUUUUUUUUUCUAACACUGAAACACAGUUGUUUUUGGUGAGCGAUUCAUAGCCAUCAUGGCCUCUUGUUUUUAAACUAUAGCCUUGUAAAUGUACCAUAAGAAAUGAUAAUAAAACAUACCUGCAAAUUGAGAAUACAUGCUUAAGAUGUGAUUUGCCCAGUGAUAUGACAUACCUGACACAUCAAAAUGAUCUUGUUAUUGCCGUAGGGCUGCUUUGCCCGUCAUUA